CAUGCACGUGGAUGGCAAACAUUCCUAGUGUCUUCAGCAAAAGUGAGCGCGUGAUUUAGUUGUACAGGUUUCGAGAAAAAAAUCCUUUGUUAAAUACCCAGGACAGUUUUCGGCGAUGUCUUUUCUUGCGAAUGCUGGUUAGGAAGUUCUACAAUAUCUUCAUUAAAACAGUCGAGUUUGUGCUCGCGCUCAGCUUAUUGAUAGGAGGAGCAUGCGCGAGCUGUUUCGGUAGCCAAGGGUCUCUACACUUCAUUGCAUUAUGGUGGACAAGGGUCCAGUUCUGACUUCUGCUAUUAUUUUCUACCUGUCCAUUGGGGCAGCAAUAUUCCAAGUUCUAGAGGAACCGAACUGGGAAAUCGCAGUGAAACAUUAUAUAUCUGAGAAGGAGAAAAUAUUGAAACAAUACCCAUGUCUUACAAAGGCUGACUUGGACAACAUCUUGGAGGUAGUGUCUGAUGCUGCAGGACAAGGGGUCACCAUUACAGGGGACAAAACCUUCAACAACUGGAAUUGGCCUAAUGCUGUCAUCUUUGCAGCUACAGUUAUAACAACUAUAGGUUAUGGAAAUAUUGCACCUAAAACACCUUCAGGGAGGGUGUUUUGUAUAUUUUAUGGUCUCUUUGGAGUGCCACUGUGUUUAACCUGGAUUAGUGAACUUGGGAAGUUUUUUGGGGGACGAGCUAAACACCUUGGACAAUAUCUUACAAAGAAAGGGGUAACACUGCGGAAAACACAAUUUACCUGCACAGCUAUCUUUCUUUUGUGGGGUGUGCUGGUCCAUUUGGUAAUUCCUCCAUUUGUUUUUAUGAGUCAAGAAGGCUGGACCUACAUUGAGGGCCUGUACUUUUCUUUUGUUACUUUGACAACAAUUGGUUUUGGUGAUCUUGUUGCUGGUGUUGACCCCAAUGCAGAUUACCCUACUCUCUAUCGCUACUUUGUGGAGGUUUGGAUUUAUCUGGGUCUGGCAUGGCUGUCUUUGUUCUUCAACUGGAAGGUGCGCAUGGUGGUGGAGGCCCACAAAGCUCUAAAAAAGCGGCGUAAAAAGCGCAGACUUUCUUUGUAUGAGCUGCAUUGCAUCAAGGAGAGUCACAAUACCCUUACCAGUCAACAAGCUCCCAAUGAUGUUAACAUCUAGUUUCUGUCCAAGAAAAAACAGGGUUAUAAUGACCUUAUCAAGAAAAUAGGUGUUGAGAAUCAAGAAGAUCUGCAUGUCACUGUUCAAAGCACUAAGUCUAGGGCACCAAACCGCUCUAAGAGCUGUAGUGAUGCUUCGCACAAAAAUGGAAAUGAAAUCAUUAAUCUAGAACGCUCACCUCGGCAGAAACGCCGCUACAGCUUCAAUGAUAGAGUUACUGUGGCCCUUUCCAAAUCUAAAAGUUAUCUUUUUGGCACAGAGGAAUGUCUUCUCAUGAAUGACAUGCAUGAAGGAGAUUUAAACACAGACGUAGACACAGUGUAUGAGAAUCAGUUGGAUAAAGAGGCAGAGUAUGACCACAAAGAUCUUGGACCUAGAAGCCGCAGUGGUAGCAGGAUCACAUUGGACUCCAAAGGGUACCCAAACCUUAUGUUACCCAGAGCCAACAUCAGCUUUAUUGAUGAAGAGAACUUUCUGUAUAACAACCUCGAUGAUAAUGAUACAAUGCCCAGAUCAUCAAACUUUGAUGACAACAUGGAAUCUAAAACGGACUACAAAGAACCUUCUUCAGAAUCAGAGACCUCAGUGUUUACCACAGAUGAGUCCAACCAGGGCCAUUCUUAUGAGCAGCUGGUGGAAGAGUAUUCCAAAGAGGAAAACACUGAUUUCUGAGUCUUUCAUGUUUUAAACUUCUAUCGAAAACCCUGAGUGGAGACUGUCUUAUGUUUUUUUGGAACCAGUAAUGAUCAAACAAACCUUUUACCAGAUGUAAUAUGAUUUAGUUCUUAAGUUAAAAUCUGUAAAAUGCCAAAAUGCUAAUGCCAAGCUUUAAGGAAUUUUGCGGGAUGAAUGACAGAAGCACAAGUCUACUUUUAAACUGUCUGAUUAAAAUGAAAGUUAUUACAUAAUUUAAAUAUGGUUACAGGUACCUAUAAAUACUUUUUAUAUACACAUUAUAUUAGUUGACUAAUCGGUAUCAAAUUUAGACCACAACGGGGUAUUUAUUUAAUGUUAAAAAUUUGUCUGAACUGCUGAAACAGUGGUUGUGGGUCUCUAAUCCUCAAUGAACUGACAACAUGAAUUGUUUAUUCCAUAGAGGAUUACUUUGUUUGCUUUAUAUUUUCACCAUGUUGGUGAUGUUAUUUUAAAGGAAGAAAGUCCUUCCUUUUCGGUUUGCCUUUGUCAAAGCUAAAUCCUAUUUGAGCCAAGCAGCAUUGUCUUUUUAUGUGUUAAACCAGACUGUCAGAAACUAGUGAACUGUUAUUUUAAAACUUGAGAUUUAUUUUAAAUUGUAAACUAUGGUUGAUAAUGGGCAUUUUGACUUGAUUUCAAGUCUAACUGACACAGAUUUUAUAUUUUAAUGUUCCUGAGAUGUAGCCAAUUUCC